AUGACUGUGAUUUUGAAGGAAAUGAACUGCGUAGCAGUUUUGGUGACCGUGAUCGCUUCUGCGACGGGUUCUUUAGCGAGAUCUCUUCUGAGUUCGGACCACCAAAAUCAACAUCAGCAACACCGAGAUUUAGCUGAAUCCAUCUUUAAUUAUUCAUUAAACAACCUUUUCUCCUGUUUAUUUAUUCCUUCACCAGAUUCAUCAAAAGGCGCAGAAUUCGGUCAUCUAUCACCGCCGGCAACCGUCUUCAUUAUUCUUGCAUCAGCGCUCUGUCUUCUGACGGUGCUAGCUCUCUGUGCUUGCGGGGAGAAACCCAAAGAUGAAAAACCACCAGCCAAAGCCAAAACCAAAUCCAAAUCCAAAACAAGAGAUACACAGAAGGAAAAUGGUGCUGAGAUUGUGUCUCCAAAGGGUGACGAGGAGGUCAAGUCUAGCGCCCCCAACGGUGACCCCAACACGACCCUCACCCAAUCAUUGAGUCUCACGCCCUCCCCUCCCUCUCCCAACGGGGGUGCCGCCGCCGCCCCCUCUCCCAUCGUCGAUUCCCCCUCCCCGAGCAACAUCAAGCGUUCUUCCACCAUCGACCGACGUCUCCCAGAACUACCUCCUAUGCAUUCAAAGGUGCCCGGUAUACCGGAGAACGAGGAAAACGAUUACAACGGAACGUACGAUACCAUCAAGGAUGAUAAGAAGAAGGAAGCGGGCGGGGCUGGAGCGAGUCGCAAGUUGCCCUCGACGACGGAUGAUGAUCCUGCAUAUAACAGUGUUGAGGAUACGAUGGGUGGGGCGAGUGUUACAAGGAAGGAGAGUGCGGUUGGAGGAGGAGGGGCGGUAGGGGGUAUCGGAGCAUUGGAAGAAGAUGGGGGUGAUUAUGCCAGUGUCAAGGAAACGAGUAGGAACUCCACUAGCAUGGAGACAGCCGCUGCUCCUUCUGGGGGAGCUGAGGGCGGAGCUGACGAGUCGGACUACGACGGAUCCUAUGCCAAGGUGAAAGAUGUCCAGGCGAACAGUAAUAAUCAUCCGUAUGCUACUGUACAGGAUAAGAAGGAGAGGGAGCACGGCUACGCUCGUGUGAAGGACGUCCAUGUCAAACCCAGCACCAACACAGAGGGUGCUGCAGGGGGCGCAGAUCCAGACGAUGAGGAGGUACCACCGGUGCCCCAUAAACCCCAUGAUCUGGAGUCGCCUGAGAACCCGUCGUCACCGGUAUCACAGAGGGCGGGGUCUAUGUCCUCGCCAAGCAGUCCCAUAUCAGGGAGGGGAGAUGGAGGAGGGAGCCCUAAUCCUGGAGGUGGUCCUGGCGGUCCGGGUGGACCCGAUGGACCUGGACCUGGUCCUGAUAAUAGUCCUCCUGGUGCUGCUGGACCAGGCCGGAAAGAACCUCCAUACACCCAAGUCAGUGCUCGAGAAAGCCUGGAGAGCAUUCGUGCAAGGCAACAGCAGGACCACACCCAACUCACUGAGGAGGCCCUGAGGGCUGUGGCGGCUGCGGGCGUGGCUGCCCCGCCCGGUGGCCCAGGGGAGCAGGACUUCGAUGGCAUCUACGAACAGGUGGAUGAUAAUAGCGUAAGGGGGCAGAACAGUACCUCUCCUCCGCCCCUUCCAAGAGGAAGACAGACAUUCCCUGGCAUGGGAAGGGGGCGUGUCUAUGAAGAAAUCACCGAGGACAACAGGCCCCGCCCACCUGGUGCUUCCAAUUACGAUGAUGACCCUGAGCCGUAUGCAGUCGUUGAGAAGACACAGACCGAGAAGCCCCCUCUAGAGGCCAGCUCAAACAGCAAUGGCAAUCACGAAGAGAUGAAGGGAGAGCAGAAAGACUUUGAUCAGCUUUACGCCAAAGUGGAUAAGACAUCCAACAAACAAGGGAAGCCGGAGACACACCACGUCAAUAAUAACAAUCACAAGAGAAAUAACAGUGACGCGGCCGAGGGGGAAGAUUUCGGCGCUCUCUACGCGAAAGUAGAGAAGGGUCGUAAGACGAUUGCCGUCAUGCAGUCGCACCGAUCCCCUAACCAUGGUGUCCCGAGGAAUAUUUCAACUGGUGCUACGCCGUCGCCGAACAAUCACGCUAUGAAUAGCUAUUCAGACAUUUAUGCCGACGUGGAUGAUGCGCCCCUGCCGAAUAGUGACGUCAGGAAUUACGUGAAUGACUCUUUAAUCGCGGAGAAUAACUAUCAGUCGAUUGAUGAUGAUGACCUCCCGUCUCCCAGUAGGUCACCGGUCGACGAGGGGAUGGUACAUAUUAGUGAGCAUAGGCCGAACCCCGAUCUUUGGGUGCGCAGGGAACACACGUACCAGGCGGUUGAGGAGAACGCAAAGAAGAAGAAGUCGCGACACCGAAAGAGCAAAGGGGACGAGGAUGAGCGAAAGAACGACGUAUGGCAUCAUCAGCCGCAGCAUAGCUACGAGGCGGUCAAACCGGUGGAAGGCAGCGGUGCUAAAGGAGACGACUCGGUGAGCAAGGGGGAAUCGUCACGGAAGAAAUCGAAACCGGUCCCCCCGACUCGGCACCUUUCCAAAGAAGAACGGGUGAGGCCGAAUCUUGUGACUGUGAAAGCUAAGAACACAAAUAACAAUCAUAUGAUCGAAAGUCUACCAGUAAAAGAGACAAGGAUAUAAGCAUAUUACACCUAGAGGAAUUCGGGACUUCAAUCUUCCGCUUGAAUGAUCUAUUAUGAGAACCAGAAAAUUUCUUCUGUUAAGGGCAGAACCAAUACUGAUGAAGUUUACUUCAUCUUGUGAAGUUGACCUGCGCAGAUUUUGACUCUGUUUCAUGAAACUUGUGAUCAAAAAACAAAUACUUAAUUUCUAUGAAAAAUUUGCUAUCAACCAAAACUUGUUAUUAUUAUUAAUAACAAAUACUAUUAUGAUCAGCCAAUCUUAAUGUAGUGAUUUCAGCAGUUUAUAACAGUAGUUUGUAAAAAAUAAUCGAUAACAAGUUUUAUGAAAUUGAGCUGAGGUUUAGCAAGGAAUAACUUUGCUUUACAAAUUUGAAUAGCAUUUUUAGUCAUCAGUGAAAAGCUCUCAACUAAGUAAUGUACAGUCCUAUGUAAAAAUAUGCUAUACAAAAGACUUAAUGCAAAGCAGUCUUUCAAAAAUGUGGAGCAAAUUGCGAUGCGAUACCACUAAAAUUACUCCCUGUUUAGUGAAUAUAGGCCGAGUAUUAAAUUUUGUAGUGUUAUUGUUGUAAGAGGGGGAGGCUGAAAGGAAUUUUACCAUUGAUUUCUUUCUAUGGUUCCAUCUAGUUUCCUUGAAGAAGUAGAUGUGUAUGACCACAUCUUUUUUCCAUGGCAGCAAUUAUCAUCCCACCAAGAUAUAGGUCUGUAUCAGGGGACUAUGUCAUGAACUUUGUCACCUGUAAAAAGGUGUCAUUAUCUGACAGUUACCAUAGUAACAGUCAGACAUCUAUUUUCUCAGCCAAUCAAAACCUACAUUAUAAAGGGAAAAGUGAUAAAAUGCCCCCUAGAGGGUCUAUGGGACUGUAUGCCUCUCAUUUGAUAAUAAAUGCAUUGAUAAAAUUCUUGAUAUAUUAAAGGCAAUAACCAUGACAAUGCUUUCUUACACUUUUGAUAGUUUCAUACCUAGUAUUUUGUAAAACUUUGAUAAAAUCAAGAUAUUUCAAAUAAAUAUUAAAUUUAUAAAAAGUAAAGAAGUGAGCAUUUCAAUUUCAAUUUCAUUUUAUUCAACCAUAAAAGUAUCAAUAUACUAAUCAUACAGUGUACAUAUGCAAUAGAUAAUACAAAAUAUGGCUAGGACCAUAAUAAAAGCAAAUUGCUUGUAGAGAAUGGCCGUUGAUCUAAAAUCCAAAAUUAAAGUAAGCAAUUUUGUAUAUGAUAGUAUCCAUAUUUAGUGUUUGAUAGAAGGAAGGGGGAUGAUAAUAAAUACCUUAUGACAUCUUAGAAACACAGUAUAACAUGUAUGUGAAAGACCAUAUCGAAAUAUAAUAAAAUAGGUAAUAAGUGAAUUACAAUUCAGAAAGAUUCCCCCUGAAAUAUCUUGGGGAAUGUCGCCCUCCUAGGCCAUUUGAUACAUACAGAAAGGUAUACAUAGCAUUCAUUAUUUCCGUGUGCUACUAGUAAUUCAUACAUGUAUAUAUUUACAGCUCUAAAGACAACUCAUAAGAAUAUGAUAUGACAUUGGAAUAAAGUUGAUGUGAACAGUGUUAUACAAAACAGUUGUUUAUUAACAAAUUUUCAUUUUAAAGGCAAAUAAUACAUAUCUAACUUCUGUAGAAAACAAGGCCCUAUUUUAAACACAGAGCUUUAAUUAAGAGCUUAUCAACAGACAUAUUAUUUAACAUCUGCUCCUGAAAGAAACAAAUCUUUAGUCAUCAUAAACCAUUAAAAAGUUGAAAUUUAUGCAUUUUAUAUUACAUGCCCAAUGGGGCAGCUGCUCGUACAUGACGUCACAUAUAAAAAACUGAAAAUUCUAAUAUCUCUCUUCAUUUUUGAUGGAUUUUCCUCAAACCUUCACCAAUACUUUUUUCUGGUAAUGUUUUUCGUUGGAGUGAACUUCCCUGUUAACACUCGAUCGUAGGACUGAUUUUUACGCUUUUUCAAUUGUCAAAGAUUCAUUGCUUUGUUGGGUGCUAGCAAAUUUUCAUGACUUAUGUAUGCUCUGUAGAUUAUAAUGAGUAAUAACGAAACUACUUUAUCCUAUCAUUUCUGAAUGAUGUUCUACGUUAUUGAAGCAGUUUACCAUAUUCUGUACAACCAAGGGUCAUCAUUCUAUAUAAAUGAUACAUACCAGUCUAUUAUCAUGUCUACCAAAGUAAAAAUCUCAUCUUUUUGGAAUUGAAAUGGAAGAUUUCUGCCAUGUUGUCUUUGAAUGGCCAAACCCUAAUGAGAGCCAACUUUUCCCUGGUGGGUGUUUCAUGAAGCUGUUCUUAAGUUAAGAGCAACUUUAAGAACGACUGGUGACCCUUUCUUACACACUUGAUAAUCACCAAUGAACAUUUAAUGGUGAUUAUCAUUUACCACAAGAAAGGAUCACCAGUCGUUCUUCUCAAAGUCACUCUUAACUUUCAAACAGCUUUAUGAAACGGUCCCCAGAGGUCACUUUCUGAAGAGCAUCCUAAAUGCAGUAGAAGUACCUUUAUACUAAUAACAACCUUGAAACAGCCUAGGUGCUUUUAGGAAGCAAGUGCUUGCACACACCAUUUUCAAAAACAUUUCAUGGCCUCGGAAUCUCUAUAAAGCGGACAACCCAUCUUGUUCCAAACGGAUGAUGUUUAUUAUUGUAAGGCAUAAAAAAAUUGUUACGUUGCCUUCAUCAGCCCAAAAUCAGCUGGUCGGUCGGCCUUCUUUUUCUUCUAAAAAAAAAAAAAGUAUUUUGCUUGCUGCGCUGCACAAAGAAAAUCUUGCAAGGGAUGAUUCAUUUAUGCCAUCAAACAUGUCAAAAAGCAUUAUAAAGUGCUUUGUUAAGCUAUUGAAUACAAAUUUGAGCUAAUUCUUCAU